AUGAAUGAUAGUAAAACAGAACUUCGUAGACGAACAUUUAGUACUCAAAAAAAGAAUAAAAAAAAUUUAUAUAGAUAUGAAGAAUUUGAACAAAUAUUAGAAAGAAUAGGUUCAUUUGGAACAUUUCAAAUUUAUGUUUGUUUUAUGAUAUUUUUGUGGCAAAUUGUUUGGGCUGGUAAUUAUACAUUUAUUGAAUUUGUUGGAGCCAUUGAACCAGACUGGAAUUGUACUUUAAAAAAUAAUCAAGGAUAUAUGACAUUUAAAGCUCCUGUUAAAGGAAAUGAUUGUGAUUUACUUAAACAAAAAUGUGAAUCAUUUGUUGCUAUAAAAGAAUCUAAACAAUUUUAUUCAAUUGUUGGAGCAUUUAAAAUGAUUUGUGAUGAUGAUAAUAAACCAGAAUUAAUUCAAAUUAUUCAAUCAGGAUCUAUGCUUGUUGGAGCUAUAAUAGGAGGUCAUAUUGGUGAUCAUAUUGGUAGAAAUACAUUUUUCUUUCUUGGACAAUUAAUUACAAUUAUUUCUUCUACCAUGACAACAGGAGCCCAAAAUUGGUGGUCAUAUUCUAUUACUCAAGGUAUUACAGGAUUUAUAUAUGGAGCAAUUGAAGUAAUGGUUUUGACAACAAUGAUGGAAUUAACAAAUAAUAAAUAUAGAUUAAUACCAAAUUCAUCUUUUCAAUGGCCAUUAGCAUAUCUAUCAAUAUCACUUAUAGCUUAUUUAACAAAAGAUUGGCAAUUAUAUUUUAUAUUUCUUAAUGCUGUUGGUUCUUUAAUUUCUAUUGGAUUUAUAAUGUUUCUUGAAUCUCCAAGGUGGCUUAUAGCAACCAGGCAAUUUGAGGAAGCUGCUGAAGUUUUAAAUGAUAUUGCUCAUUGUAGAUGGAAUGAUGCAGCUAUACAUUUUACAGAAAGUGAUUUAAAAAAUUUACCAUCAGAACCUAAAGAAAAAUAUAGAUUUUAUAAUUUUUUUCAUCUUUUUUCAAAAGUUAAAUUAACACAACAAACAAUACUUCAAAUGUUAUCAAUGUUUACAUAUUCAUUAAUUUCAAUAAAUUUUAAUUAUUCAAUUACAACAUGGGAAAAUGAUGUUAUACCAUUUGUAGCAAUAAAUGGUGGACUUAGAUUUAUUAUACCAAUUAUAAUUAUUUUUUUUGACUUUAAAAUUCCAUCUUUAGGACGUAAGAUACAAUUUAUUACAGCUCUAUUUUUAGAAGGUUUAUGUUUUGGGACAGUAAUUAUUUUAAUGUUAUGUGGAUAUGACUAUACAUUUAAAUGGAUAAAUGUUCUUAUUACAAUUGCCACAUUAAUAAAUGAUAGUGCUUUCUGGAUUAAUAUUGUUCAAAUAUCGACACAGCGUUACCCAACCGUAAUCCGUUGUACAGCAUUUGGUUUUAUUCAAGCUUUUAAACAUACUGGUUACAUUGUUGGAAUAAUUAUUAUGAAACCAUUGAUGGAAGGCAAUCAUCCUAUUUAUGCUUUUAUUAUUCCUGAAGUUCUUAUUAUAAUUACAAUAAUUGGUGGUAUAAUACUUCAACCAGAAGUUAAAGGAAAAAGUUUGAAAGACACUAUGGAUGAAGUUAAUAAAGGAAGACAAGUCACAAGAUUACCAACAGGACUUCUUCAACUUGUUUCACAAUUUAGAGUAGACCAAUUGGCACACAACUAUGAACUUGAGGAAGCUUUUCGAAAUAAACUUUCAAAAACUAAGAAUAAUUUAAAAGAGGACAUACCAAAACCGGAACAAGUUAUAAGAAAAGAAAGAGUAACAACUAAGAAAAAUACUUAUGUUAAUGACGGCUAUCAUUUCACUGACUCAGAUGAAGAAACAUUUAAAGAUGAAGAUUUAGUCACUUCUUUACAUUCCACAAACAUAAACCCCCAUUAG